GAUCUUCUUACACAAGAGCCCAAAAGCAUUUAAAAUUUGCAGAAUGAAAAGAUGGCACAGGCAAUGCUGGUACCACCAGGACCUGACAGCUUCUUCUAUUUCACUGAGGAAUCUCUUGCAGCUAUUGAGAAACGUAUUGCUGAUGAAAAAUUUCAUUGUCACCAAGACGAGCCUACGGAUGAUGCUGGUCAUGAAGCAAAUCACCCAGAGCCAAAUAAUGACUUAGAGGCAGGAAAGACACUGCCAUUUGUUUAUGGUGAUAUUCCUCCAGGAAUGGUGUCUGAACCCCUGGAGGACCUGGACCCAUAUUACAUCAAUAAAAAAACAUUUAUAGUACUGGAUAAAGCGAAGACAAUCCACAGGUUCAGUGCCACACCUGCGUUGUACCUUUUAUCUCCUUUCAAUAUCACUAGAAGACUAGCUAUUAAAAUUUUGGUUCAUUCAUUGUUCAACAAGAUCAUUAUGCUCACUAUUUUGGCAAAUUGUGUGUUUAUGACAUGGAGGAAUCUUCCAGAAUGGGCAAAGGAUGUAGAGUACACUUUCACUGGAAUUUAUACUUUUGAAUUUCUAGUAAAAGUCUUUGCAAGAGGCUUCUGUAUAAAUGCUUUUACGUGCCUUCGUGACCCCUGGAACUGGCUUGAUUUUGUUGUCAUUUCCUUUGCGUAUGUAACAGAAUUUGUAAACCUAGGCAAUGUUUCAGCUCUUCGAACUUUCAGAGUAUUGAGAGCUUUGAAAACUAUUUCUGUAAUUCCAGGCUUGAAGACUAUUGUAGGAGCCCUGAUUCAGUCUGUGAAGAAGCUCUCAGACGUGAUGAUCCUGACUGUGUUUUGCCUGAGUGUAUUUGCACUGAUAGGACUGCAGCUGUUCAUGGGCAACCUGAAGAAUAAAUGCCUGUUCUGGCCAUCAAAAAAUUCAACAGCCUUUGAAAAGCAUAUAGUUCCAUACUUUAAUGGUACAGAAUUUGACUGGGCAGCAUACAUUAAGGAAGAAAGUCAUUUCUAUCGCCCAGAAGGAGCAAAGGAUUUUCUGCUUUGUGGCAAUAGCUCAGAUGCAGGUAAAUGCCCAGAAGAGUUUAUCUGUGUGAAAGCUGGGAAAAACCCCAACUAUGGAUAUACUAGCUUUGACACAUUCAGUUGGGCUUUCUUGUCACUGUUUCGACUGAUGACACAGGACUAUUGGGAAAAUCUUUAUCAGUUGACACUACGAGCUGUUGGCAAAUCAUACAUGAUAUUUUUUGUUGUGGUGAUUUUUCUGGGUUCCUUCUAUUUGAUUAACUUGAUUUUGGCUGUGGUUGCCAUGGCCUAUGAAGAACAAAAUCAAGCAACUAUUGUUGAGGCAGAGCAGAGGGAGGCAGAUUUUAAACUGAAGCUUGAACAACUGCGGAGGCAGCAAGAAGAAGCUCAGGCAAUAGCAGCAGCUGCAACAGAGAUGACUGAGUACAGCUGUGAAAGUGGGAAUGCUGCACCCUCAGAUAGUUCUUCAGAUGCAUCCAAGCUUAGCUCAAAAAGUGCCAAAGAAAGGAGAAAUAGAAGGAAGAAAAGGAGGCAGAGAGAGCUCUCUGGAGAAGAGGAUGACAUCAAGGAUGAAAAGCUUCCAAAAUCUGAAUCAGAUGGCAGUAUCAAAAGGAAAGGUUUCCGUCUUUCUUUUGAUGGGAACAGACUAACUUACGGGAAGCCAUUUACAUCACCCCACCAGUCUUUGCUGAGUGUUCAUGGCUCCCUGUUUUCUCCCAGGCCUAGUAGCAGAACAAGUCUUUUCAGUUUUAGAGGUGACAGAAGAGAGAGGGGAUCAGAAAAUGACUUUGCUGAUGAUGAGCACAGCAUGUUUGAGGACAAUUCGAGCAGAAGAGGUUCUGUGUUUCUGCCGCGCAGGCACGGAGAACGGCGCAGUAGUAACAUCAGCCAGUCCAGUAGGUCAUCCAGAAGGCUGACUGUCUUCCCAGUGAAUGGGAAGAUGCACAGCACUGUGGAUUGCAAUGGAGUGGUGUCCUUGGUGGAUGGACCACCAGGUCUGUUGUCUCCUACUGGACAACUUCUGCCAGAGGUGAUAAUAGAUAAACUAACGACUGAUGGCAAUAGCACUACCACAGAAAUAGGAAUAAAAAACAGACGUACAAGUUCGUAUCAAAUACCAAUGGAGUUGCUGGAGGACCCCGAUUUAAGGGAAAGGGCCAUGAGUCUAGCUGAUGUUAUCACAAAUAGAAUGGAAGAACUUGAAGGAUCAAGACAAAAAUGUCCACCUUGCUGGGAUAAGUUUGCCCACACUUUCUUAAUUUGGGAGUGUUGCGAGUCCUGGUUAAAAGUAAAGAGUGUAGUUGAAUUAAUUGUAAUGGAUCCAUUUGUUGAUCUGGCUGUCACUGUUUGCAUAGUUUUGAACACACUAUUUAUGGCCAUGGAACAUUAUCCAAUGACUUCACAUUUUGAGACUGUGCUUACAGUAGGAAAUCUGGUUUUUACUGGAAUUUUUGCAGCAGAAAUGGUUCUCAAGAUAAUUGCCAUGCAUCCUUUUAAUUAUUUCCAAGUUGGCUGGAAUAUUUUUGAUAGUUUUAUAGUUACCCUUAGUUUGGUGGAGCUUUUUUUGUCAAACGUGGAUGGAUUAUCUGUUCUCCGCUCAUUCAGAUUGUUGCGAGUUUUCAAAUUGGCAAAAUCUUGGCCAACUCUAAAUAUGCUGAUUAAGAUUAUUGGCAACUCAGUGGGGGCUCUGGGGAAUCUGACCCUGGUGCUGGCCAUCAUCGUGUUCAUUUUCGCUGUGGUUGGGAUGCAGCUCUUUGGGAAGAGCUACAAGGAAUGUGUCUGCAAGAUCUCCAGUGACUGUGUGCUCCCUCGCUGGCACAUGCACGACUUUUUCCACUCUUUCCUGAUUGUAUUCCGAGUGCUGUGUGGAGAAUGGAUAGAAACCAUGUGGGACUGCAUGGAGGUUGCUGGCCAAGCCAUGUGCCUUAUUGUUUUCAUGAUGGUCAUGGUGAUUGGAAACCUAGUGGUACUGAAUCUUUUUCUGGCCUUGCUGCUGAGUUCAUUUAGUUCAGACAACCUUGCUGCUACAGACGAUGAUAAUGAAAUGAACAACUUGCAGAUUGCUGUUGCAAGAAUUCAGAAGGGAAUAGAUUAUGUGAAGAAAAAAGCAGGUGAAUGUGUCCGAAGGUCUUGUUUGGGAAAACAAGCUGCUGUAAAUCAAAGAACAGAUCAGUUGAAUGAUGAGGGAAACCGUUGCAUUUCCAACUGUACUGUCACUGAACCAAUGAUAGAUACAAAUGAUGGCAAAAAUGAAAAUGGAAUGGCCACUGUUAUAGGUGGCAAUGAUUAUACAUCAUUCAUAAACAACCCAAGCAUUACUGUUACAGUACCAAUAGCUGUUGGAGAGUCUGAUUUUGAACGUCUGAAUACAGAAGAGUUUAGCAGUGACUCAGAUUUGGAUGAAAGCAAGGAGAAGCUAGAUUUUUCCAGCUCAUCAGAAGGAAGUACAGUUAAUUUAGCUGUCUUUGGAGAAGAAAAAAGUGAAACUGAACCAGAAAAAGCAUCAGAAGUACAAGCAUGCUUUACAGAAGGUUGUGUACAGAAGUUUAAAUGCUGUAAAGGCAGCACGGAGAGCACAAAAGGAAGAAUCUGGUGGAACCUUCGAAAAACGUGUUACAACAUAGUAGAGCACAACUGGUUUGAAUCAUUCAUUGUCUUCAUGAUUCUUCUCAGCAGUGGUGCUCUGGCUUUUGAAGAUAUAUAUAUUGAACAACGCAAGACUAUAAAAGUCCUGCUGGACUAUGCUGAUAAAAUCUUUACUUACGUCUUUAUUCUGGAAAUGGUGCUAAAAUGGGUGGCCUAUGGUUUUCAGACUUACUUCACUAAUGCUUGGUGCUGGCUGGACUUCCUGAUUGUCGAUGUCUCAUUGGUUAGCUUAGUAGCUACUGCCCUUGGUUUCUCAGAAUUUGGUGCAAUUAAAUCGCUCCGAACAUUAAGAGCUUUGAGACCUCUAAGAGCUUUGUCACGCUUUGAAGGCAUGAGGGUGGUUGUGAAUGCUCUUACUGGAGCAAUCCCAUCCAUUAUGAACGUACUUCUGGUUUGUCUUACAUUCUGGCUAAUUUUCAGCAUUAUGGGAGUAAAUUUGUUUGCUGGCAAGUUCUAUCACUGUGUUAACACCACAAAUGAUGAGAUGCUCACACCAGAGCAAGUCAGUAAUAAAAGUAUGUGUGAAAAUAUGAACAGGACUACUGGAGAUGUUCGGUGGAAAAAUGUGAAAGUAAACUUUGAUAAUGUGGCAAUUGGGUAUCUUUCUCUGCUUCAAGUGGCAACAUUUAAAGGAUGGAUGGAGAUUAUGUAUGCUGCAGUUGAUUCUACAAAAGCAGAACAUCAGCCCAAAUAUGAAGACAACCUGUACAUGUACAUUUACUUUGUGGCCUUUAUUGUCUUUGGAUCAUUUUUCACCCUAAACUUAUUCAUUGGUGUCAUCAUAGAUAACUUCAACCAACAAAAAAAGAAGCUUGGAGGCCAAGACAUUUUCAUGACAGAAGAGCAAAAGAAAUACUACAAUGCAAUGAAGAAGCUGGGAUCCAAGAAACCACAAAAACCUAUACCUCGACCAGUGAACAAAUUGCAAGGUCUGGUGUUUGAUAUUGUAACACAGCAGCUAUUUGACAUCAUCAUUAUGGUUCUAAUCUGUCUUAACAUGAUCACAAUGAUGAUAGAAACAGAUGACCAGACUGAACUGAUGCAAAAUAUUUUAUAUUGGAUUAAUUUGGUCUUUGUUGUCCUUUUCACUGGUGAAUGUGUCUUCAAAAUAUUUUCACUCCGUUACUAUUACUUCACCAUUGGCUGGAAUAUUUUUGAUUUUGUGGUUGUUAUUCUUUCAAUAAUAGGUAUGUUUCUAGCUGAGGUGAUUGAGAAAUACUUUGUGUCACCGACUUUGUUCAGAGUUGUUCGACUUGCCAGAAUCGGUCGAAUCCUGCGCCUCAUUAAAGGCGCUAAGGGAAUCCGCACUCUGCUUUUUGCUUUGAUGAUGUCUCUUCCUGCUUUGUUCAACAUUGGGCUGCUGCUCUUCCUGGUCAUGUUCAUCUAUGCCAUAUUUGGCAUGUCCAACUUUGCCUAUGUCAAGAGGGAAGCUGGGAUUGAUGACAUGUUCAACUUUGAAACGUUUGGCAACAGCAUGAUCUGCCUGUUCCAGAUCACCACGUCCGCUGGCUGGGACGGUUUGCUCGCCCCAAUUCUCAACAGUGGGGAGCCAGACUGUGACCCUAACAAGGCUCAUCCAGGGAGCUCUGUGAAAGGUGACUGUGGCAACCCCUCUGUUGGGAUUUUCUUCUUUGUCAGCUACAUUAUCAUAUCCUUUCUGGUAGUGGUGAACAUGUACAUUGCUGUGAUUUUGGAGAACUUCAGUGUUGCUACUGAAGAAAGUGCUGAACCCUUGGGUGAGGAUGACUUUGAGAUGUUUUAUGAGGUUUGGGAAAAAUAUGAUCCUGGUGCAACACAAUUCAUAGAAUGUAGCAAACUGUCUGAUUUUGCAGCAGCACUUGAGCCUCCUCUUAAUAUACCAAAACCAAACACAGUUCAUCUUAUUGCAAUGGAUCUACCUGUAGUGAGCGGUGACAGAAUUCACUGCCUUGACAUCUUGUUUGCUUUCACAAAGCGUGUUUUGGGGGAAAGUGGGGAGAUGGACGCCCUCAGAAUACAGAUGGAAGAUCGGUUUAUGGCAUCCAAUCCUUCCAAAGCUUCCUAUGAACCAAUUACAACCACACUGAAACGAAAACAGGAAGAAGUUUCUGCGACUAUCAUUCAGCGUGCUUACAGACGUCAUCUUCUAAGACAGUCAGUGAAGAAGCUUUCAUUUAUGUAUCAGAAAGAUGGGGGUGAUCAGCUUAUCAAAAAGGAUGUGAUUGUUGGCAAGGUGAGUGAAAACUCAUCUCCAGAGAAAAUGGAUAUGUCUGCAUCCACCAUAGCUCCACCUUCUUAUGAUAGUGUAACAAAACCAGAAAAAGAAAAAUAUGAAGAUGACAAAUCAGAAAAAGAAGACAAAGGAAAAGACAGAAGAGGAAACAAAAAGUAAAAGGCACUUUUAUCCAUGAUGAAUGUUUGCAAGCUUGAAAAUGUUUUUGUCAGUAGCACUUUUACUGGAGGAUUAUGCCAAAAUUAUAAGUUUUUACAUAUUUACCCACUACUGCAGUCAGUGCCUGUCCAAGACAAUGAUCCAUCACUAGUAAACUCUUGGUGUGUAAUAGGAAGACAAACUUGCAGAACAAUAAUUUUGAUUAUCAGCUGUUACUAAUUGAGAGGAGACACAAAAUUUCUGCUUGGAAUAUAGGAACCCUUAAUGGGUCCUAGUAAGCCUGUAUUUUUGUGGAGUAAGUGUAUCCACUGUGUACAUUUCAUCUCUUAUCUUUGUUCCAUGUGUGUCAGUUCUUGUUAAUGAUUUCAUUUGCUUUAAUAACAUACUGCUUUAUUAAUUCUGCUGUGCUGAGAAAAAAAAAAUCUAAAUACUCUUUAUUUAGAUAAACACUAAAUGAUGCUCUUCUGUGCAGAGAACACAAAU